AUUCACUGUGUAAGCUACUGUUGAAAUUCCUACGCUAACCAACUUUAGCCAGCUUGCUAACAUGUAAUUAAGCGACUGUGGUUAAACUGCAUCCAUGGUUCCAUAAUGGAUUUGAACUGACAAGGGCUAUGCUGAUUCCGACACUGCAAUACCGGAAUAAUUGGUGUUCUCCUGUGCGUCUCGCCGUAACUGCAACCAGAACAUGUCCAGUUAGCUAGGACGCGGCGAUUGGAGGAUAACGAACCUGGCAAGCUAGCCACUCUACCCGGGUUUGGACUGGGUCGAGGGGUUUUUGAACAGGUUUCAUCGCCGAGUGGACAACCGACUCGGAUGCUGUGAUAACCAUGAGUCCCGCAGGCUGCCCCCAUGUCAAUUGCUUCAAAGUGGACAACUGGAAGCAGAACCUGAGGGUUAUUUAUCAGUGUUUCGUAUGGAGCGGUUCAGCCGAGACCAGGAAACGCAAGGCCAAGUCAUGCAUCUGCCACAUGUGCGGCGCUCACCUCAGCAGACUCCACUCCUGCCUUUACUGUGUCUUCUUCGCCUGCUUUGCCAAAAAACACAUCCACGAGCAUGCCAAGAGCAAACGGCAUAACCUAGCUAUUGACUUGCUGUAUGGGGGAAUUUACUGCUUCAUGUGCCAGGACUACAUAUACGACAAAGACAUGGAACAGAUUGCCAAAGAGGAACAAAGGAAAGCUUGGAAAAUGCAAGGCGUAGGUGAGAAGUACUCCACAUGGGAGCCCACCAAGAGGGAGCUGGAACUUCUUCGCCACAACCCCAAGAGGAGGAGAAUCACAUCCAACUGUACUAUUGGCCUACGCGGUCUUAUCAACCUCGGCAACACAUGCUUCAUGAACUGCAUCGUCCAGGCACUAACACACACACCGCUAUUGCGUGACUUCUUCCUGUCGGACCGACACAAAUGUGAAAUGCAGAGCAACUCCUGCUUAGUGUGUGAGAUGUCGCAGCUCUUCCAGGAGUUUUACUCAGGCCACCGCUCACCACACAUCCCGUUCCGCCUCCUCCACCUGGUGUGGACUCACGCCCGUCACCUGGCCGGGUACGAGCAGCAGGACGCACACGAGUUCCUCAUUGCUGCACUGGAUGUCCUACACCGACACUGCAAAGGGGGCCUGCAAUCUGAUGUCACCUGUCAAGUCUGCCAUGGUGUCUCAACGACCAUCGACCCGUUCUGGGAUAUCAGCCUGGACCUGCCGGGUUCCUCCACCCCGUUCUGGCCGUUAAGUCCCGGAGGAGAUGGCUCGACACUAAACGGAGAGAGUCACACCAAUGGAGCCACAACACUGACCGACUGCCUACGAAGGUUCACCAGACCAGAGCACCUGGGCAGCAGCGCGAAGAUCAAGUGCAGCGGUUGCCACAGUUACCAGGAGUCUACCAAGCAACUGACUAUGAAAAAGUUGCCCAUAGUGGCCUGCUUUCACCUUAAAAGGUUUGAGCAUUCAGCCAAACUACGGAGGAAGAUCACAACAUACGUCUCAUUUCCUUUGGAGCUGGACAUGACACCCUUCAUGGCCUCAAGUAAGGAGAGCAGGAUGAACGGCCAGUACCAACAGACUGUGGAGCCAUUCAACAAUGACAACAAAUACAGCCUGUUUGCAGUCGUCAACCACCAGGGGACACUAGAGAGCGGCCAUUACACCACCUUCAUUAGGCAGCAUAAAGACCACUGGUUCAAAUGUGAUGAUGCAAUCAUCACCAAAGCCAGCAUCGAGGCAGUGUUGGACAGCGAAGGGUACCUUUUAUUUUACCAUAAACAGUUCCUGGAGUACGAAUAGUGCCACCCGAAACCCGUCACAAUGCAUAUGAGCCCUGAAGCACUACUGCAACUUGUACAACAUUUCCACUGGACUUCAAGACGCACACAACGAUCUUCUCAGAGCAG